ACAGACGGCAGAGUCGUCAGUUGAAUAUACACCCUUGCAGCGAAUACAAGCACAUGGGACUAGAUUAGUUCAAGAAUGAAGUGUGAAGAUCAAGUGCUUAGAUCUCUGCACAUUAAUCCGGAAUCAAAAACUCCGUAUUCAGAUGCAACUCAGACGAAGAAGCACAAGAAGAACUACGUGAAGAGACCGAUGAAUGCGUUCAUGGUUUGGUCCCAGCUAGAGAGAAGGAAGAUUAUAAACAGGAACCCAGAUUCUCAUAAUGCUGAGAUAUCCAAGAACCUGGGGAAAACCUGGAGAACCCUCUCCGAGGAGGAGAGACAACCCUUCAUAGAUGAGGCUGAGAGGUUGAGAUUACUCCAUCAGAAGGAGUAUCCAGAUUACAAGUAUAAACCAAAGAAGAAAGGAAAGGCUACUGUAUCUCUCUUGUCUAAGAUAAACUACAAACCUAUCGUGUUUCCUAGCAGGACGAAACCAGCUCUGAAACCCGUCUCCGGAAUUAAGAAAGAGCUUGUCUACUCAACCACACAGCUACAGCUCAAGAUUGAAAAGGAAUACAGCACUACGGUUCCUCUGAGUCCGACAAGUUCCUCUCCUGGUUCUCUAGGAUCUCCUCACGACCUGUCUAUGAGUCCUCCUCCUGAAACCCUUCCAACCCAGAUAUUCCAGGACGAGGUUCCUGAAACUACCGAGCUACUCACCCCUCCUACCUCACCAGUACUCUGGGAUCAAUGUAAAGCUAAGCCUAUGACAACCAUCACCGAACCUCUCCUCAUUAAAGUAACUGAGCUAAAUGAACCCUGUAGUCUGGAUGAUUUGGACGAUCUCACAGACCUGUUUCAGCUCCCGGAGUACAUGGAGCAAAUGUAUCCUUCCCAGUUAAGCUCUAGGUCCCACUUUGAUUUCUCGGGUUCAGACAUGUCGGAGCUAUUAUCCGAUAUCUGUAUGGAAGAUGAAUUGAUGCAAGUUUAAAUGUAAAAUUUAUUCUUAAUUUAUUCCUCCGCGCCCCCGUCUGUAAAUACGAGAUUCUCGGAUCGUUAGUUAGGAGAGAAGACACAGAAAAUGGUGAUAAUAAGAAUGAUGAUAUUCAAGGAUAUUCUUCCCCCCCUCUCUCUCUCUUUCUCUCGCUCUCUUCGUGGAUUUUUUCGUUUCCAUUUUUAUACAUUCAGUCAAGAAAUCAGUUUGUAAAAUGUUGAGUAAAAUUUACACUUUCUAUUAGCAAUAAACUAUGAUCAGUUUAA